AUAGUUGUGAAAAAGAUGAUCCAUAUAUUGUUGUUUGUUAUGUAUUUGUUAAAUACUCAUGUUACUUAUAAAGUUGACGGAAAUCCAUCUAUACUAAAGGAAGAUUUGGAGUUGGAGAGAAAACUUGAGCUUAUUAAUAAGCCUCCUAUUAAGAGUAUUCAUACAAAGAUCGGACACAUUGUUGAUUGCAUUGACAUUUUGAAACAACCAUCAUUUGACCAUCCUUUAUUAAAGAGCCAUAAGUUGCAGAGAAAACCCAACUUUCAAAAUGUGACUAGAGAGACAAGUCAGAAAACUUUAGGAACUAGACCCAUAUUUGGAUUGGGUAAGGAUGAAUGUCCAAUGGGGACUGUUCCUAUAUUGAGAACAACAAAAGAAGACCUUAUUAGAGAAAAAUCGUUACUUAACGAUCAUAUAUUGGUUCAUGACCUUCCUGGUGUUCAUAUUGCAGAAGUUUCCCUUAAACCAAAUUAUGGUCCUUAUUACGGUGUCGGAGGUACAAAUAGUAUUUUUAAUCCGCGAGUUGAUACCAAGCUUCAAAUCUCUAUGUCUCAUUUAUGGGUUCAAAAUGGUCCCAUAGAAUCCACUAACAAAAUCUCAUUAGGAUGGCAUGUGAUUCCACAACUAUAUGGUGAUUAUGCAACCCAUUAUUAUACUUCAUGGACGGAUCAUGUGACCAAAAAUUGGUGGAUAAGUAUAGAAAAUAAAUUUAUUGGAUAUUUUCCAGCAAAAUUGUUCUCAAACAUGAGCUCAGCUGAUCAAGUAGGGUGGGGAGGAAGAACAAGAACUCAUCCUGGUACUCAAAGUCCUCAAAUGGGGUCUGGACAUUUUCCUCAUGAUGAUAAUCCUAGGCAUGCUUGUUACUUUAAACUAGUUUCGAUUCAAGAUAAUGAAAGAAAAACUCAUGGAGCUAAAGUAUAUGAAACCCAUUCCUUCACUGACAAUCCCAUGUGUUAUGAUGUUAGAUACUAUGGAGAUCAAGGACCCCACUUUGGUUACCUCCUCAUGUUUGGAGGACCCGGUGGGAAUUGUGGCAAUUAAUUUUAUUUUCAAUUAAACUUUAGAUGAAGUUAAGAAAAACAAUCAUGAU